CAGAGCACAGCAGAGCACAACAGAGAGCAGAGCAGAGGGGAGAGCAGGGGAGAGCAGAGCACAGCGGAGAGGAGAGCAGGGAGAGCGUGUGUGUUUCUCCGCUGUGGAUAUGUGGUGCCUGGACUACUUGUCUUCCCUUGUGAAUAAUCUGCAGUUUUAACAGCACUUUCCUUCCUGGAUUAAAAAAGUCUACUGCUCUGGGAUUGACAUAGUUAGUGUACUCUACUCUACUCUCCACUACUGACUACUGCAACACUCCUCUCUGGAUUAAAUUAGUCGACAUCUACUCCGUAAUAUUCCUCUGGGGAUUACUCUACUCUGCUGGGGAUUACUCUGGUGUUUACACUUCUCUCAUAUUCUGGAUUAAUAUUCUGGAUUAACACUCUGAAAUCUGACAUGUCGUUUCCCUGGUGACGGCCGUGGCAACGCGGUCAUGCUUCAUCUACAGCGCCCCGUACAGAUGAGUGCGGACAGCUCCGCCGUACUGCGGCCGGCGGGGAAGCUAACGGCUAAUAUGGAGCUAACGGCUAACACGGAUCUGCGAAGAGAACAAGGAAGAGGAGGAGGAGAGAGAGGAGGAGGAGGAGGAGGAGUGUUGCGGGGCGGGAGGCGGGGUCGGGGGGGUCGGAAGACAUCGUCACUAGGCAACCAGAGGGGUUCCACAUCAGACGACGACUCAGGAUGCGCUCUGGAGGAAUACACCUGGGUACCACCUGGCCUGCGCCCUGAACAGGUCCAAUUGUAUUUCUCUUUUCUUCCGGAAGAGAAGGUUCCGUACGUCAACAGUCCAGGAGAGAAACACAGAAUACGACAACUACUCUACCAGCUCCCCCCGCACGACAACCAGGUCCGCUACUGCCAGUCUCUGUGUGAGGAGGAGAAGAGAGAGCUGCUGCUGUUUAGCAACCAGAGGAAACGAGACGCGCUGGGCAGAGGGACACCACGAUUACUCACACACACCACCAUGUGCCAACACUGUAGCGGUGCCAUACUGCCUGGUCAGAUGGGUGUGUUUGCGUCUCGUGCUGGUUGUGGCUCUGGCGCCCCCUGCUGGCACCCUGCUUGUUUCGUGUGUGCGGAGUGUCGGGAGCUGCUGGUGGACCUGAUCUACUUCCACCACAGAGGACUCAUACACUGCGGAAGACACCACGCACAGCUCCUCAAGCCACGCUGUUCAGCCUGCGAUGAGCUCAUCUUUGCUGACGAGUGUACGGAGGCUGAAGGUCGUCACUGGCACAUGAGACACUUCAGAUGCUGCGAGUGUGACGAGGUGCUGGGGGGGCAACGCUACAUCAUGAAGGACGGCCGGCCAUUCUGCUGCAGCUGCUUCGAAACACACUACUCAGAAUACUGCGAAGCAUGUGGAGAGAACAUAGGUGUUGACCACGCCCAGAUGACGUACGAGGGCGUCCAUUGGCACGCCACGGCCACCUGCUUCAGCUGUGCACACUGCAAGGUGUCGCUGUUGGGCUGCCCCUUCCUGCCUCAGGGUGGUCGCAUCUUCUGUUCUAAGAGCUGCAGCCUGGGGAAGGGGGCGGAGUUUACCCUCUCCGACACAUCCGACUCCGCCUUCCAGUCCGCCGCUCGAUCCCAGCAAUCACGUCGCAGCUUUCGUGCGAAGGCGGGCGGCAACCCUGGCAACGGAAACCAGGCAAUGGGGACGACCACAGUGACGGGCGGCUCUCAGCACCAAUCAGCUGUCAAUGUGGGCGGGGCUACGGCGGCCAUGAUGGAGGGAGUCUGUGAGAAGCUGGAACAGCUGCAGAAUCUCGGGGAGCAGUGGAGGAGAAGAGAGGAAGAAGACAAAGGAGAGGAGGAGGAGGAGGAGAAAGAGGAAGAGGAGGAUGACGAGGCAGAGUGGGCGGAGCAUGACGACUACCUGACGCAGCUAUUGCUGAAGUUUGGGGAGCAAGGCAUCUUGGGAAACGCGUCUGUGGAUAACGGUGUUGGUAGCGACCCGCAUGGUGGCGUCAGUGGUCUCGGCAGGGGCAGUGGUGGCAUUAGCAGUCUCGGUAGUGACCCUCGCAGACCCUUAAAUAGACGAGCCAGCGAGCCAUGGAGGCUGACCAACUCCACUGACACCCAGCUGCCACUGGACACCAGGACCAGGAGUCCAGUAGGGUUCAGCCCAUUGCUACCGAACCAGAGUCCAGUAGGGUUCAGCCCAUUGCUACAGAACCAGAGUCCAGUAGGGUUCAGCCCAUUGCUACCGAACCUACAGCACCAGAACCUGCAGACCCACCAGCUCCAGACCCAGGAGUCGACCUCUCAGUUGACCUCUCAGUUGACCUCUCAGUUGACCUCUCAGCUCGGUGACCUCCACAACCCCAGCAGCCCGACUGGAUUUUACAGCAACACGCAGCAGCAGCCAAUGCCAUCACAAACUCACACACAAUGGCCACAGUCCCCAAAGGCAGAUACACACCCCCAAUGGCCCCAGUUUCCAACAGUAGACACACACCCCCACUGGCCCCAGUCUCCAAAAGUAGACACACACCCCCACUGGGCCCAGUCUCCAAAAGCAGAAACACACCCCCACUGGGCGCAGUCUCAGGACGGUCUGGGGGACUCAGCGUACGGCAGCCAUCCGGGACCCGCCAGCGCCCGCAGGCUUCAGGAGCUGGAGAUGGAGGAGGAGGAGCAGGAGGAGCAGGAGGAGCAGGAGGAGCAGGAGGAGCAGGAGGAGCAGGAGCUGUGUGGAGGAGGAACUGGAGCUAGGAUGUACAAGGAGAAGACAGGGGAGACAGGACUGCAGCAGGAGGAGGAUCUGUACUCUAGCGCCCCCACUUGGUACCAAGAGUCUCUGCAGGCCAUCACAGACGAACUGCGGAGGGCAGAGCUGAGGAGCACCCGGAACUCUAUGGACUCUCUAGCGCCCUCUAACCACACAGGAGUGUCAGUGGAGGGGGACAGCAAAGAGCAAGAGAGAGGCCUGCUGUACUCUACAGACCAGGAGAGAGAGCUGUUGUAUUCUACAGAGCAAGAGAGAGACCUUCUGUACGGUCUGGACUACAGCAAGGAGACGGAGACAGAGACGGACCUUCUCUACUCACUGCAGGCUCUGAUAGACUCCGCCCUGCUAAAAGACCCCUCCUCCUCCUCCCAUCCCAGAGACUCCUCCUCCCUCCCGAGAGAGCCCUCCCCCUUUAGAGGCUCCUCCUCCUACCUCAUGAGACACUCCACGUCCUCCUCCGUCCCCUUUAAAGACUCCUCCCCCUUUAAAGACCCCUCCCCCUUUAGAGACUCCUCAUCCCUCCCGAGACACUCCUCCCUCCCGAGACACUCCUCCUGCUCCUCCUCCUCCUUCCUCCUCAGAGAGGAGAGUGACCUCCUGUCCCUCGUGGGCACCCUCAACUCCUCCCUCCUCCACCGCAGCGAUCGCUCCCUCAGGACCUUUAACUCUGACCUGGAGCAAGUGGAGGCGCAGGAGGAGGAGGAGGAGGAGGAGGAGGAGGAGGAGAUGAUGGACAUAAGAGGAGUGCCAGGAGGAGGACUAUUGGGAAGGGACAUGGCGGGUGUAGGGGGGAGAGGAGGGGAGGUGGUGGGCAUGGCUGUAGGGGGGAGAGGAGGGGAGGUGGUGGGCAUGGGUGUAGGGGGGAGAGGAGGGGAGGUGGUGGGCAUGGCUGUAGGGGGGAGAGGAGCGCCUGGAGGGGACGUGCUGAGCAGAGGAGGAGGUGUAUCUGGAGUAGUGAGCAGAGGAGGAGGAGGAGGUGUAUCGUCUCCUUCCCACCUGAGCAGCGGAGGAGGUGUAUCUGAGCUGUCGUCUCCUUCCCACCUGAGCAGAGGAGGAAGUAGAGGUGUAUCUGAGCUGUCGUCUCCUUCCCACCUGAGCAGAGGAGGAGGUGGAGGGGAGGGUCUGUUGUCUCCUUCCCACCUGAGCAGAGGAGGAGGUGGAGGGGAGGGUCUGCUGUCUCCUUCCCACCUGCCUCUUCUCCAUCGCAGCCGCUCGCAGCAGCAGCAGCAGCAGCAGCAGUUCUCAGCGGAGGCUCUAGAUGGCGCUCUAAGUUCUAAGAUGCAGUUCUCAGCGGAGGCGCUAGGGGGCGUUCUGAGCGAGGUUCUGGACGGAGUUCUGGGUGACGUAGCGUAUGCUGAUGCAGCACUGUCGAAGCACGGAGCUCCCCUUAACGACCAAAGAGGAGGAGGAGGUGGAGGAGGAAGAGGGGGAGGAAGAGGAGGAGGAGGAGGAGGAGGAGGAGGAGGAAGUAGAAGAGGAGAAGGAAGAGCAGGAGGAGGAGGAGGAGUAGAAAGAGCUCCUAUGAGCGAGCGGAGAGGAGGAGGAGGAAGAGUAGGAGGAGAAAGAGGAGAUGAAGGAGGAGGAAGAGGAAGAGGAGGAGGAGAGGAGAGAGGAGUCUUUGCUCCUAUGAGCGAGGGGCCUGUGCGCCGACUUCACCGAUUGGACGAGGCGGACCGGCGCUCUGUGCAGCUCCGCCCCUCUCGCGGUCACCAUGGAGACGAACACCACCACCACCACAAGAGGCGGCAGGGACGGCGCCGCACACGCUCCGACAACGCCCUGCACCGCACCGUUACCAUGGACACCGCAGGGUCAAGGGUCGCACAGGAGCGCGCCAUGCAACCACGUCGCCACCAGGGGUCACCACUGGGCACUGGGCUGCCGAAUGGCCCGCAAACACGUCACCAUGCCAACCCUGACCCGCUGCUCCGUCUCAAUGACAACAACAACACCCAGUCACGUCUCAGUCUCCGCGGCAACCCAGGUCACCAGCGCCAGCUCUCCUACCCGGGUCACUCCGCCUCGGAAUACGCCCUGACACACGCCUCCCGCGCCCCGCACGCACACACACGCCAUCGCUACGCCGACUACGGCGACUACGGUUACUACGACGACUAUGAGGAUGAGGAUGACGAGUGGUGUUCCACCUGUUCCUCUUCCUCCUCCGACUCCGACGACGAGGGCGACGGCUUCUUCCUGGGACAGCCAAUCCCACGGCCCCUCAGCCAGAGGCUGCGUUACUAUGCCGAUGACCUCCCGACCCCCGUGACCGCCAUGUCCCCCACGCACACACACGACACGCACGACGACCGGACUAAAGCCAAGAAGCACCGUCGCAACAAGAACUGCAGCAUCUCCUGAUCUCAACACACACACACACACACACACACACACAUACACACACACACACCAGCUCUGGUA